CUUUUCUCUCUUUCUCUUUUAAUUUCUCGUUGUUUUGUCUCUGUCUCUCCACCUGAUUCUUCUCCGGCUGGUUAGCACGAUGAGGCAAAUCGAAGCAGCAUAUAAUGGCAGUUGGGUGUGCCAGUCACAAAACUACUUUAAAACUAAAGGCAUCUUCUACGGUGGGAAUCCAUUGGGCCACCCCAAGGCGGUCAUUCUGGUUCAGCUUUCUUCAGCUGCUUUUUUCACCGUCAUCCUUCGAAUCCUUUUCAACCCUCUUGGCGAGAGUGGGUUUUUCUCUCAAAUGAUAGUGGGAAUUUUGUUGGGGCCAUCAAUAUGGGGAGCUCAGAACGCUUUAAGGAACGCCAUCUUCCCCUUGAGAAGCGUUUAUGUGAGCCAAACCUUCUCCUACAUUGGCUGCAUGUUCUUCCUGUUUCUGGUAGGAGUGCGAACGGAUUUAAGCAUAAUAAAGAAAUCGGGGAAGAAAGCGGUGGUCAUCGGAUUUCUUACCUUCAUCCUCCCCCUUUGCCUGAACUUGAUUAUGGCUGCAUUAAUUAUAAAAAAUAGAGGUAAAGUUCAUGACGAUAUGGCACCCAGUUUGGAAAAGUCCAUCUAUUACAUUGCCGCCUGUCAAGCUUUAAAUUCCUUUUACGUUGUUGUUUGCCUCCUCACUGACUUGAAGCUUCUCAACUCCGAACUUGGCCGCUUAGCCACCUCCUCUUCCUUAGUUAGCGGUAUGUGCUCUUGGGUCACCGCCAUCCUCAUCUUCACCAUCAACACAAAUGCAAUUACGGGAAGCAACAAACAAGAUUCCCUUCUAUAUAUGUAUCUCUCUAUGGGCAGUUUGAUUAUUUUUGUUGUCUACAUUUUACGUCCCAUUACGUUAUGGAUGGUUAAGCAAAUGACGGAGGAGAAAUCAGUGAAAGAGGAUCAUAUAUUCGGCGUAUGUCUCAUGGUUUUAUCAUGUGGAUUCUUUGGUGAAGCAAUUGGUCAGCACAUGAUGCUUGGACCCAUGAUGUUGGGGGUUGCGGUGCCCGAUGGACCGCCUUUAGGAUCAGCACUGGUGGCUAAACUUGAAUCCUAUGUCUCCGCCAUUCUUCUCCCCAGUUACUUUGUCCUGAGUGGCUCUAUAGUAAAUGUUUCUACCAUACGUUGGAAGACCGUCUGUGUUGUGGAGUCGUUGGCCUUGUCUGCCUUCACCGGUAAACUUCUCGCCACAAUGUUACCGGCAAUUUAUUUCAAAAUGCCCCUAGGAGAUGCCUUAUGUUUAGGUCUCAUCAUGACUGCCCAAGGCAUCACUGAUGUUCUCAUGAUUCAGCAUGCCUUUUCUCUCAAGCUGAUUAGUGUAGAAGCCUAUACGGUGAUGUCGAUUUCAAUGGUUUUGAUAACUGGAAUCACCACGCCCAUCAUCAAGGUACUUUACAAUCCGUCCAAGCGAUAUGUCUCCCACAAGGUCAGAAGGACAAUUCAACAUACGCGGACAAACGCCGAGCUCCGAAUGAUGGCUUGCAUUUACACCGAAGACCAAACGCCAUCCAUCAUCAAUCUCCUCGAGUUGUCCAAUCCAACGUCCAGAAACCCCAUUUGCUUUUACGUCGUCCAUCUCCUCGAGCUCACUGGUCGCUCAGCUCCGCUCCUCGUAACUCACCACCCAGGGAAAACCCAAUAUGCCCACUACUCGGAGCACAUCGUAAAUGCCUUCAGAUUGUACGAGCAGCAAAAUCGUGGGAUUCUGGUGGUCAACUUAUUCACCGCUGUUUCUCCAUACGCCACCAUGCACGACGAAAUAUGUUCCCUUGCCAUAGACAAGAGAGUUGCAAUGGUGAUCAUUCCGUUUCACAGGCAAUGGGCGGCGCAUGGGGCAAUGGAUGAUCAACUUCCCGGACGCCAAGUCAGAUCCGCAAACUGCAAUAUCCUCCACAACGCACCUUGCUCUGUGGGUAUCUUAGUGGACCGAGGUACCGGCACCAUAUCCAGCAGUAGUUUGUGCAACAUUGGGGUGAUUUUCGUGCAAGGACCAGAUGACAGGGAAGCCCUAGCAUAUGCUCUCCGCAUGGGAGAUCAUCCUAACGUACGCCUCACGUUGGUCCGCAUAAUUGACACCAACAAGAAAGGCACUAAUAGUACUACUUGUCAAAGCAAUCACCUUGACGAUGAAAUCAUCAACGAAUUUAGGAUUGCGAUGGUGGGCAAAAAAUAUCAUACUUACAGGGAAGAAGGCGUGAGUGACAGUGUGGGAACAGUAGGCGUUAUUCGAUCGGUGGAGAAUUCAUUCGACCUAAUUCUGGUGGGAAGACGCCAUGAUAAGGACUCACCACUGUUCUUAGGGUUGACAGAAUGGAAUGAAUUUCCGGAGUUGGGUUUCGUCGGGGACAUGCUAGCUUCCUCGGAUUCCAACUGUCAUGUAUCGGUGUUGAUAGUGCAACAACAAACUUUUGCAAACGAAUUAAGAGGCAGGGACAAGUUCCUAUCCAAAGAUUCAUCUGUAAUUCUAGAUAUGCCCCGGAAUACUGGAAAAGUGUGGCCCAUGAUUUCUUAAUUUUAAAUAGCUCCUUAGACUAUGUAUACAACUAUGAUUAAGAAAAAUGCCUAAUUUUU